AUGAAGUUCUUAAGUUGUUAUCCGAACACAAAUACAAGGUAUGGUUUAAAGUUUCUCCUCUAUGAAACUCCGGCAGCUUUUAAGGUGUGCCUUGCUUCAAUUCACCUCGAUCCCAAAACAUUCCCCUCAGUAUUUUUUUGGCUGGGCUUGAACAUCACACCCAAAAAUCCUUUUUGUUUACUCAUUUCACCAAAAAUCGAUGUCUACUAA